GAACUUUGCAUCUGUACUUGAAAACAAUUCCCUUUACUACUUUGAGUAUGGACAGAACAAGCUUUAAUUUCGGUUGAAGUUUAGUCAAUGUUGCGUGUUUGUGUUGAAUCUGCAGGUUAGUCCUUAACAAGCUGAUGACAAUGUUUAUAUACACAAUAUUUAGUGCGAUUUGUGGACUCUCUAUAGUGACAGCUUAUUAUCAAGAGUCCGGGAUCGAUGACGUUUGCUUAGGAAGGCAAAAUAUGAUUUAUGCCAGAACGUGUAAAACUUAUAUAAAAUGUGUGAAUGGAACAUCGACAAAAGUGAACUGUGAUAAAUACAUGGUGUUUAAUACAGAUACCAUUAAAUGUGAAUAUGUUUUUAACGUCCAAUCUCCUUGUGGAGUGUUCCGGGAUUGUUCCAAGCUUCCAGACGGUCACUUCCCUGACACAGAACAGAAGUGUAUGCGAUUCUACACCUGCUGGAAAGGAAAUUUCCUUGGAUUUACCGAUUGCACUCUGGGUCUGGUUUUUAAUGUCAGAAAGCAAGUCUGUGACUGGCCAUUCAACGUAAUGCCGCCAUGCGGAAUCAGGUGACGAACAAAUCAAAACCUUGCUACCUUCUUCUGCAACACAGCUACCUCUCACCUUCAGCGUUAUUUGUAUCGUUCUACACCUCAAUAAACUUCUUAUAUUUACUAAA